AUGGAUAAUUAUAGUAUAGUUUGGCAAAUUUAUCAGAAAUGGGAAAGAAAUAGGAUUCGAGAUGGUCAACGGGUAUCCCUUGCAGAUACCCAUCAUCCGCUGGCGGAUACCCGCCAGUGGGUGCGGAUGGCCCCUUUUCUGCAAAAACCUGGCGGGUAUCCGGGUAUCCCCAAGGAUACCCAAGGCUGGAAGGUGAGAUGGCCGGCUGGAAGGGUUUCCUUCCAGCCAGCAAGGUACAUGUACCUCUAUGGCUGGAAGGAAAACUUGCUCUAUCCCAGCACACCAGAGAAAAAGAGAAAGUUCUAUCGGACGUGUGUCUUCCGGGCCGUCCGGUCAUUUGAGGCAGCCCAGGAUUCAGCCGCCUCAGAGCCGCUGGACAAUUAA